UAACUUGAGAUGCCUGUUGCCGCUUUCCAGGUCACUUCACAUUUAUAAAUGCUCAGUCCUUCCUUCCCCUCUUGAAACGUCGAGUUUACUUCAUUUCAAUUUGAUUCAACAACAAUGACGUCUCUUGCACGUUACCUACUUCUCCCUCUGCUUCUCAACUUCGUCCUCUUCAUCAGCCACACUGUCAAAUGUGCCGAUGAGGAACAGAAUCUUCUGCAGCAAAUUAACAGUUACAGAGCAUCCUUAAAUUUGACAGCUCUAAAAGAGAAUGACAAAGCAAAGUGCCUUGCUGAUGGAAUGGCAGAUAAUUUCAAGGAUCAACCCUGUACAAACACCACAGGCGCCAAUACUGUUCCGGGCACCGAAUCACAGUUCUCUGACUAUCCCAACAUUCUAGCUAAAUGCCAUUUGAAUGUCACCACCACAAGGGAUGGGGCCAUAAUGCCUGCCUGUGUUCCCAAUCUUGAUCCUACUAUUGUUCUUGCCAAUUUCACGGAUACACAGUACGCAAACAACCUUAACGACACCAAAUUUACUGGAGUUGGAAUCGGUUCCAAAAAUGACUGGAUAGUUGUUGUUUUGACAACAGACACGCCAGAGGGAAGCUAUGUGACUGCUGAUAAUAAUUCACCCAAUUUUGCAAUGAAGCCAGGUCCAGUAUACUAUACAUUAUUUUUGUGCGUGGCUUUCUUGCUGUUGAUGUGAAAGCAUCACUGCUUAUGUAUUAUACACUGUUUCAUGCUGAGACAUUUUUCGCUGAGGCUAUUAUUAAUGUAUACCUACUCAACGCUUGUAGAUUGACUAAUUCAUUGAUCCACUAAAAGAAAGAAUAUUGCAGUUACCAUUUUUUUUUUAAUCUCAGCUGAACCCUUGUGGUUGCCUGAUUUUGAUGUCAUUCUUGUGUUAUCUAUCUAGUGCUGUUUAGCUAGAGUUA